AUGUGCAACACGACCGACCAGACCGACAACGGAAAGCACGUGGAAAUAGAUGUCCCAGACACUGGCGCGGUGUUUACCUUGGGAAACUCCUACCUUUACGAGGAUACCGCCAAAGAGCAACCGAACGAUAAAACGCCACCGAAUCAUCCCGACGCCGGUACCGGAAGCGAUGCUGAACGACCACAACCGACGCCCAAGCGCCAGCAGAGUUAUUUUUUUGUCAAAAAUGAUCCGGUCGUGAAAAUCGUUUGUGGUAGCAAGCAAAGCGGUGUAGUGUGUGAAUCCGGCAGGUUGUUUGUGUGGGGUUACAGUCCGCAUGGGCAGCUGGGCCUGGGAAAAACGGAUACCGUCCACAAACCUUCGUGCGUGCGGACCAUUAAGCGGCUCAAGGAGAAGGUGCAAUCUUUCUGCUUCGGAGGAAAUGGAUUUUGCGUCAUCCUAUCAGAGUCCGGAAAAGUGUUCUACAGUGGAAAAACCAUCUUUCCGUUCAACGCUAAAAUCGGAUCGCUACUGGAGUGCAGCACGUUACACAAAAACCCGACCGAUAACAGCGAAUACACACCGUAUCCGGUAGAAUUGCGCGAGUUUCGCGAGUGUCCCCUGCCAGAGGGCGAUCGGUUUUCGGAAAUUAUCGCCGGAUUCAACCAUUUCGUUCUGCUCACCGCCACCGGCAAGUGCUAUGGUUGGGGCCACAACAGCCACCAGCAGCUGGGAGGAGUGGAUUCGUUGAAAAUUCUCUCCCAACCCGAACCGAUCGCGACCGGACUGGUCGUAGAGCGUGUGCUGUGUGGUCAUUAUUGUUCGCUGUUUGUGACGGCCACGAACGAGCUGUUUUUGGUGGGAAAGUUUCAAAAGAUUUCCAUUCCGUUCCUGAAACAGCUGACCAGCGUGACACUGUCGGCGCCGGUAGUGGCCGGUGAAAUAACGGGCUGGGAUUGUGUGUAUCUUUUGCUGGCCGAUCACCAAGUGUAUCGCUCCAAUCGAGUGCAGAAGAUAGAAGACUUAAAGUUCGUUCCGUUUGAAAGCCUCGCCGGAUUGCUCACGGAAGGAGAACACGUUACCAAGCUGGCCUCGUCAAACGAUUGCAUUUCGUUCGUGACCAACCAUGGACGGCUGCUGACGACGUACGACGAAGACUGCCCAUUUACGGCUUCGGGCCACUUUAAGGAGCUGAGCAAAUUCAAAUACUUCAACGUGACGGACAUUGCUAGUGGCGCCGAGCACUCGUUGGUGUUAGCGUUUCCCGGGACGGCGGAAAGGCUGGACGUGACGUGUGCCCUGGAGUUGUUGCGAAGUGGAACGUCCGUCCCGGCCGAACUACAAAACGAUGUACAGCAAGCGCAAGAAUUCAUCCGCAACGAAAAGCGUCGCCUGCGUAGAGAGCAUGUGGAGCGCGAGAUUUCGAAAGACGAAUCGAUCACCAUAGAAACGGGCGAUUCGGAGGUACGGUUCAUCGACAACGGGGCGGACAUCGUCGCACCGAAAACACCAAAACUCGGACCGCAGCUGGCGAUCCAGCACGACGACGACGACGAGGAUGAUGAUCGCUUUUCGGCCCACAAGGAGAAUGUUCCGAGGAAAACGCACACCCCGAACAUUAGCCAGCUCAUCGAUUACAGUGACGAUGACAAUGAUAGCAUUUCCUCACAGUCCACCUUUCACGAUGAGGAAGAGGACGCACGGCAGCAAUCCUACAAGCAGAACAGAACCAACGACAGCAACAACAACCGCAACGGAGACGACCGCAAGCUGAGUCUUGGCAGCAAACUGAACGGCAGCACGGGCAGCACCAAGUCCAGCGACAAGAUGAGAAAGUUUUUCAAGGAGCUCAAAUCGAAAAGUAUGGACGUGUCCUGUAAGAAUCCUGGCAACGUUUUAGACGACGAUGUGAAGUACUCCAAAAAUGACCAGUUGAUUCAAGCGGAAGAUCGUGCCUCGAAAGUGUGCGCCAUUAUGUAA